UCGGUUGCCGUGGGAGAUUGCCGUCAGUGAGUUGCGGAGUCACCAUGGCCGGGCCCCUGGAGCAGGCGGUGUCGAUGCUGGAGCAGCUCCGCAGCGAAUGGAGCCGCAAGAACCCGAACCUCCGCAAGUGCGAGGAUCUGCUCGGGAAACUCAAGGUGGCUCUGCUGGAACUGAACUUUUUACCUACGUCAGGCUCCAAGCUGACCAAACGACAGCUCAUUCUGGCCCGCCCCAGUGAAUCGCAUGGCACUUCUGGGCCCCUCCACAAUGGUAGGGAGUUCCCACUGCAGUACUACAUCUAUACUUCUGUGCAGAUCCAUGCCCUAAUUCCCCUGCAGACAAUAAAGAUUAGGGACGAAAUUGCCGGCUGCAUUGAGAAGGCUUAUGAGAAUAUAUUAUUCAACGAAGCUUCAAGGACGCUGUUUUUCACCACACCCAAGAAAAUGACAGAAUAUGCCAAGAAGCGUGGCUGGCUCCUGGGUCCUGAUAACUAUUACUCAUUUACCAGUCAGCAACAGAAACCGGAGGAGGUCACAAUCCCAUCCACAGAACUGGCCAAGCAAGUCAUUGAAUAUGCCAGGCAUCUAGAAAUGAUUGUCUAAUAGUGAGAGAAAGGACUGUUUUUGGGCUUGGGGGAGCUGGUUGGGAGGGGAGGGGUGGCUUUUUCUUUUUUUCCCCCCGGUUUGUGAUUGGGAGGUAUGUCUGGUUUGGGAUGUGGAAGAGAGCCCUUGGAUCUGCUCCAGCCUGAUCCAGGAUAUUGCCAGUGAGGUACUGACUGUGGUUGAUGUUGGGUGAACUAAUACGGAGUGUGCCAGGAACUGGUCCUGAAUUAGGCCACCAACUGGGCACUCUGCACAUUGUGCUUUUGAUAUCUGUACCGUUAGGAUACGAUGGUGUGGAAAAUUUUUCUUAAACAUUUGAUUUUCAACGUGCAGAAGAAUUCCGCUUCCUCCAAGGCCCUUCUGCAGUGUGAGGCCUGAAUACAUAAAUGUCAGUGUUUUAAUUUUAAACUCCUUCAGUUCUGGUCAGGCUGGAUAUAGUGAGUCGCCAUUACUGCUGGAUUUUAUCUGUGUAUAACCUGAGGGGCAUCACCUCCUGUCAAAAUUAAACCCAAACUGUUCUUGCACAA